GUUGACAACAUGGCUAAAGAAACAGCUGAAUGUCUAGGCAUCAGCUGAAAUCGGGGACAGACGACCAUGGCUUUCGUAGGAAGGAGGUGCUCGCUGCUUGCGGCUCGAACUUUGCGCAAUGCCGCAAGGAUACAGCGCUUGUACUCUGACAGUGCACCACAACGCAUAACAACACAUUACUCUGUGGUACCAAGAGAAGGAGAUGAAAGAUGGGCAGAGGUGGACAUGGAGAGAUACGCAGACGAAGCAGACGUUGUCAUUGUGGGCGGAGGACCUGCCGGACUGUCUGCUUCCAUCCGCCUCAUGCAGUUGGCCCAGGAACACGAGAAGGAAAUCCGGGUCAUGGUUGUGGAGAAGGCGGCCGAUAUCGGUGCACACACACUCUCAGGUGCAUGCCUGGAACCUCAUGCCUUGAAGGAGCUGAUACCUGACUACAUGGACAGAGGAGCUCCUCUAAACACACCUGUCAAGGAGGACAAGUUCGCGUUCCUGACUGAGAAGGGAAGGAUCAACAUACCCAUUUUGCCAGGUAUGCCAAUGCAUAACCAUGGAAACUACAUAGUUCGACUGGGCCACUUUGUGCGAUGGCUUGGGGAGCAGGCGGAAGAACUGGGUGUUGAGAUCUACCCAGGGACGCCUGCAUCCGAGAUCUUGUACAACGAAGAUGGGUCGGUGGCAGGAGUGGCCACCAGCGACGUGGGAAUUGCUAAAGAUGGAUCUCCAAAGGAUUCCUUUGCACGAGGAAUGGAACUGCGUGCAAAGUGUACAGUCUUUGCAGAAGGUUGCCAUGGACAUCUAGCCAAACAGUUGUACACAAAGUUCAACCUCCGUGAGAACUGCGAACCCCAAACAUAUGGCAUUGGUCUGAAAGAGUUAUGGGAGGUUAAGCCUGAGAACCACCACCCAGGAAGGAUUGAGCACACUGUUGGAUGGCCUCUUGAUAAAAAUACCUACGGUGGCUCCUUUCUCUACCAUCUUGAUGAAGAACAGCCACUAGUGUCUCUUGGCUUUGUCAUUGGUCUUGAUUAUACCAAUCCCUACCUGAGCCCCUUCCGUGAAUUCCAGAAAUUUAAGCAUCAUCCAUCUUUGGAGAAGACUCUUCGUGGUGGAAGCAGGAUCUCAUAUGGUGCUCGAGCUUUGAACGAAGGAGGCCUCCAGUGCAUUCCAAAACUGACAUUCCCUGGAGGAUGCUUGGUAGGAUGUUCGCCAGGGUUCAUGAAUGUGCCAAAGAUCAAGGGCACGCACAAUGCCAUGAAGAGUGCGAUGGUUGCUGCAGAGAGUAUUUUUGAGUGUUUGCAAGAUGAGAAAAAUGCUGAGGCUAUAGCGAUAAAUCCUGAGAGUUAUGAGGCGAACAUUAGGAACUCGUGGGUGUGGAAAGAGUUACACUCAGUGCGGAAUGUGAGGCCUUCUUUCCACACUCCUUUGGGGCUGUAUGGUGGCCUCCUCUACACAGGUGUCUUCUAUAUCCUUGGUCGUGGAAAGGAACCUUGGACCCUCAAGCAUGGAGUUCGGGAUUCAGAGAGACUGAACCCAGCAGCAGAAUCUAAGCCGAUUGAUUACCCUAAGCCAGAUGGUGAAAUUAGCUUUGAUUUGUUGAGUUCUGUUGCACUGACUGGCACUAACCAUGAGAACGAUCAGCCUCCGCAUCUUACACUGAAGAAUGAUGAUAUUCCAGUAGAGAGAAACUAUGGCAUUUAUGAAGGUCCUGAGGGACGUUUCUGUCCUGCAGGUGUCUAUGAGUAUGUACCUGUAGAAGUUGGCGAAGGUGUUAGACUUCAGAUCAAUGCCCAGAAUUGUAUUCACUGCAAAACUUGUGAUAUCAAGUGCCCCUCCCAGAACAUCAACUGGGUUGUGCCAGAAGCAGGAGGUGGACCAGCUUAUGAUGGCAUGUAGAUAGGACGACCAGUUAGAAUGUAUAUUUUAAAGUGAUGCGGUGACGAAUGUACAAAGUCAGAUUGUUUUUGCUUUAUCUCAGGUAGUAUUUCCAACUAACUACCUUUGUGUAUAUUGUCUACUUCAUGAUUGUAGAAUAACCAGUAUCCAGUGAAAUGCAUUAUCAUGAAUUGUUGAUUUUGUAUAUGAAGACCUUACAACAUGUUAUCUUUGUCCCUUGAAAACCUUAAAAACUUUUGUGGAUACAGAUGACUACAGUGAGCAAGGUGGUACACAGGUUUCCUUUAUUCUCAAAUUCAGAAAAAGUAAGACAUAAAACAUAAAAACACAAAAAAAUAAUAAUUGCUUUAAACAUUAAUGUACCUGGCUUUCGAGUUUCUUUUUGAUAACUCUUAUUGGGAGCUAUAAAUAAUAAAAUAUUUGUUUUAUAUGCCUUGGUCUCAGCAACCAUUGGAUUACCUGCUUUGAACUUUGGAGAUGUUUUUGGCACAACCUUUGUUUUGUUGCAUUUGUCAAUGUUUUAAAGUAUUUAAAAUUAACCCAGAGAAUAGAAAAAUAUCAUAAUGUGAAAUCUGUAAUUAAAAAGAAUGUGAAGAAAUUAUAUAGAUUAAAGUAUUUGACAUGACUAAAGAAUUUACUUUCACAAAAAGAUACAACUUUUAUAUGUGACAUUACUUGAAAUUAAAUAGUUAUAGACCUUGCAUUUGAUUUAAAGGGAAGUCAAUUGUGAGUCAUCACUGAUUGUGAAUAUUUUAAUACAAAGAAUGUUACCAGUAAAUAAAACAGACAUAUUUAUAUUUUUAUGUAGAGGCGCCAUUAGAUGAAGAGUUGUAUUUAUGCAACACAACAAUGCAAUAGGAAUAAGGUACAUUACUGUAUAUAAUAUAAUUUUUUUCUAAUAGUAUGGUAUUUAGUUAAUAAAGUUUGUAGACCAUAA